AUGGCUAGCCCGCCAGUUCUAGCUUUCGAUGCCGAGGGCCGUCCAGUGAAGUUCGAAACCUGGCUAGAUGACCUGCACCUGUUCCUACAGCUCACUGCCAAGGAAGAUAUCUCACUGUACGACCACGCCCUAGGCCAUGCCACUGCCCCUGACUCGACUGCUGACAGCACUCUGCGUUCCCAGUGGCAGACCCGUGAUGCGCACGCUCGCUUUGCUAUUCGCAACUCCCUGCCGCUAGACGAGCGCGAGCACUUCGGCCAGUGCAAGACUGCUAAGGACCUCUACACCGCUGUAGUUGCCCGCUACUCCUCGCCCGCUUCUGCCACGCUAGGCCGCCUCACUCUCCCCUACCUGUUCCCCGACCUAGCCUCCUUUCACACUGUCGCAGACCUCAUCACCCACCUUAAGACUAGUGAGGCCCGCUUUUGCGCUGCUAUGCCUGCCGAGUUUCUCACUAGCAACCCCCCCCCGCUCUGGAUCACUCUCUACCACAUCGUCACCCGCCUUCCUGACUCUCUGCGCGCAGUCAGGGACCACUUCCUCUCUCGCUCCCCCACUGAGCUCACUGUUGCCCUCCUCGAGAAGGAACUGCUUGCAGCUGAGGCGAGCAUCGUCGCUGUAGGCACCUCUCGUGGCGACCCCCGCACCCCUUUCUUUGAGGGGUGUUCCCCUUCCCCCCUCCUCCCCUCUGUCGCCUCUGCUGCUGCUGUCGACCUUCUUGGUGCUGAGAAGGUCGGGACCGCGUCUGCUUCGAGUGGGCGCCGCAGGAACAAGGGGGGCAGGGGUGGGGGUGGCGGCGGAGGAGGUGGGGGUGGAGGCGGUGGGAGUGGAGGCGCGGCUGGGGAGACUAGUGGCGGCAGUGGGGGAGGAGACAGCAGCGGUGGGAGUGGUGGUGGAGGCGGCAGCGGAGGCGGAGGUGGUCGUGGCGGCGGCAGGGGUGGAGGUGGCCGGGGCGGCGGCGGUGGGGGUGGUGGUCGUGGAGGCACUGGCGGAGGGCAGAGUCAGCAGCCCGCCCCGACGCUUCAGGCCGCCCGUGAGUGGUAUGCGCAGCGUAGCUUUACCUGCACGUACGUCAUUCGCACAGGUGACCGCAGCGGCCAGCAGUGUGGGAGGCCGCACCCCACGCAGCGCUGCUUCGCACGCCUUAAUGACGCGUGGCGCACUCAGUUUCCUGCUGCCACUGAGCUGCCGCGCUGGGCUGAUCUGGAAAAGAGGGGUGUUGAUAUUUGGGCUUUAGACUUUGAUGCUAUUCUCACUGCCAUGUAUGCGAUGUCUAUUAGUGGAGAGGGUGCUCAGUACUUGCGUGUUCCGCCCGACCCGGGUAUUCAGGCCAGUCCGGCUGCCGCUCUAGGUGCUAGUGCGUCUCCUCCCACAGGUCCUGGUGGGGCUGCAGCCCUAGGUGCUCGUGCGUCCGUGCCCCCUGGUACUGAGUCGACUGCAGCACUGCACACCUUCACCCUGGACUCAGGUGCUUCUCGCUCUUUCUUUCGUGACCGCACUGUCCUUGAGCCACUCGCUCGGCCAGUUGCUGUCUCCCUUGCUGACCCCUCUGGGGGUCCGGUCAUUGCGACCUCCUCCACUGUCCUUCCUUGUCCGGCGGUCCCGUCCGGCACGCUGUCAGGUCUCUACCUCCCCUCGUUCUCUACGAACUUGGUGGCAGGUAGUGCGCUCCAGGACGGGGGUGUUCACCAGUUCACCCCUGCCUACGAGCGCGUGACACACUGCACGUGUGCUCGGACGGGUCGCCACCUGGCUACCUUCACUCGGGAGCCGGGGUCGGACCUUUACACACUGACCACUGAGUCCCCUCAGGUAGCUGCGUCCGCGUCUGCGUCUGCGUCAGGUCAGCUGUCCGCCCCCUGCUCGUGUCGCUCUCUGGCGCAUGAGACUGUCCUUUGGCACCACCGCCUUGGUCACCCGUCUGUGCAGCGCCUUCGGGCCAUGCACAAACGGGACCUUGUUGCUGGUCUUCCCAGGGUGCUCCCUCCCCUUCCAGCCUCGCCUGCUCCUCCCUGUCUUCCCUGUGUCGAGGGGCGGCAGCGCGCCGCUCCUCACUCCUCCUCCUUUCCCCCGACGACUGCUCCUUUGCAGACGCUCCACAUGGACGUGUGGGGCCCAGCCCGCGUCCGUGGCCAGGGUCAGGAGAGGUACUUCCUGAUUGUUGUUGACGACUUCUCGCGCUACACCACGGUCUUCCCCUUGCGCACCAAGGGUGACGUCCCUGAUGUCUUGAUCCCUUGGAUCCGCAGAUCUCGUCUCCAGCUCAGUGAGCGUUUCCACUCCGACUUCCCUGUCCUGCGUCUGCACUCUGACAGAGGUGGAGAGUUUUCCUCUGGCCUCUUGGAGGCCUUCUGUCAGCAGGAGGGCAUUGAGCAGUCGUUCACGCUUCCGGCCUCUCCACAGCAGAAUGGGGUUGCUGAGCGCCGCAUUGGCUUGGUCAUGGAGGUCGCUCGUACCUCCUUGGUUCAUGCGGCUGCCCCCCACUUUCUGUGGCCGUUUGCAGUCCGAUACGCUGCGCAUCAGCUCAACCUCUGGCCCCGUGUCUCCUUGCCCGAGACUUCUCCGACACUGCGUUGGACGGGAGAGGCUGGCGAUGCGUCGCGUUUUCGGGUCUGGGGAUCCCGAGCUUUUGUCCGCGACACGUCCGCGGACAAGCUCUCCCGUCGCGCUGUCCCCUGCGUCUUCCUUGGCUUUGUCCCGGACGCCCCUGGUUGGCAGUUCUACCACCCCACCUCGCGGCGUGUCCUGGCCUCUCAGGACGUCACUUUUGACGAGUCCGUCCCCUACUACCGCCUCUUCCCCUACCGCACUGCCCCGCUCCCCCCCCCGCCUCUCUUCCUCGCUCCAGGUGCUGAGGUCCCAGACCCCCUCCCCCCUCAGGGUGCCGCUCCCUCAGGUGUGUCCCAGGUAGACCCGGGUGAGCCUGUCGAGGUAGCUGUUGACUCUCGUCCUGCGUCUAGGGGUGCUGAGUCUGGGGGUGCUGAGCCUGGGGGUGCUGAGCCUGGGGGUGCUGCGUCUGGGGGUGCUGAGCCUGGGGGUGCUGCGUCUGGGGGUGCUGAGCCUGGGAGUGCUGAGUCUGGGGGUGCGGAGCCUGGGGGUGCUGAGCCAGGAGGUGCGGAGCCUGGAGGUGCGGAGCCUGGAGGUGCUGAGCCUGGGGGUGCUGGGUCUGGGGGUGCUGCGUCUGGGGGUGCUGAGCCUGAGCGUGCUACACCUGGAGGAGCCCUCUCCUCCCAGCAGCUGCAGGAGAGGUACCUCGAGUACUGCCGCCUCCGGAGAGGUGCUGCUGGAGCUCGUCCCGGUACUUCCCCUCCUACCCAGGAGCUCCCCCCCAUUCAGCAGAUCCGCGAGUGGUACAUGUUAAAUUUAGCUGUAGAAAGUAAGAAUGAAGAAAGGAGAGGUUUGCACUAG